GAAAGGAGAAGGAUGCAAUCUUCAAAUGGAGAGCAUCACCAACAAAAGCAGACGCCGUACUUCAUGAAUGCUCCAUGCGACCCGGCUCUUCUCGCGUUGGCUCAACAAACGUUUCUAGGCUUCCAACCACAAAAGAAUAUGUAUCAACAUGGAUUUCCCCCGAUGCUUCCCCACAGGAACCUCAUUCCGUCGCUGGCGGCCGCGAUUCCCGAAAUGGAUAAGCUAAUGUUGGAGGAGCCAAUUGAGGCUGGAAGCAUGCCAUAUCGCAGAGCCACCAACAAGAAUAUCUCUGUGUCCGAUGACUCAUUCAACAACAUGCAUCGGUCCUCUUCCUCAUCGCAAUAUCGCCGUCAUUCCGCUCAAUGGGAGACUAUGACUGAUGACGAACGAGAGUCGGUUCAGCGUCAGAAGCGCAAGGAAGAAGCAUUCAAGACGGCACUUUGUGACGCUUUUAAGCGCUCAGGCUCCUGCCCGUACGGCGAAGCUUGCCGGUUUGCUCACGGCGAGAACGAGCUGAGGAUGCCGUCGCAGCCACGUGGCAAGGCGCAUCCAAAGUACAAGACGCAGCUGUGCGACAAGUUUUCCAACUUUGGACAGUGUCCCUAUGGACCACGAUGCCAGUUUAUUCAUAAGCUGAAGAAGGGUCUUCCACUGAGCGAGUACAACCGUGCUCUUCAAGAAGGCGAGAUCUCACCGGCUCGCGACGACGAGAUCACCAAUCCCGACGAAUCAUCAUCCCAAGUGGAGGAUCUGAGUGAGCUUCACCAUCGACAACAUCAGCAGCAGCAGCAGUACCAACAACGCUAUCGUCGGCCACCAUUCAACAAUUUCCACGAUAUGUCGGAUAGUGGAUACAGUGCUCCUCGCCGCCGGCUUCAUCAUCAAUUCGAGCAUCUUGGUAGUGAGCAGCAGCAGCAGCAGCAGCAGCAGACACCAGCUCCGAAGAUUGUCUAUCCAUCGAUGCAAGUUGUCAAUAUUGAAAUGGCAACUGGUGACGGACCUAAAAGGUCUGACAAUCAUCAUUAUCAUCAUCAUCAUCAUCAACGUCGUCAUAUUCCGGCACCACCAUCCACCGGUCCACUGAGCUCUCUCAUUGAUCAGGCCGACUAUGAAGCUUCUAUGGCAAGCGGGAAAAUGUUCGGAAAACCAAAUUUUCAGGAGAACAUUCGCACCUAUGGAGCCAUGAUCCGCGCCAACGAGGAGCACGUCGAGCGUAAUCAGACUGGAGUUGUCAAGAAGGAACGGGCGACGGUUCUACCGAAAAGGGAUCUUUCACUGAUUCGCGAGGAGGAUACACUGCUCGUCGACGGUUCUCAUCUGAAUAUGACGUCAUCGGCGAUUCUGCCAGCUCAUCAAAUCCCUUCCACCACGACCACCAGCACAUCAUCUCCAGUCCAAGAACAGCCGUGGUACGAGAAGAUUUUCGGGAAAAUGACAAUGAUCCAAGAGGAAUCAUCGAUGGGCGGUGAAGACGACGAUGCUCACGAAGAUCAUUAUUCGAGAUAAUCUGGAUUCCUCCGUCCACCCCCUACCUACCUACCUAAAAAUCUGCCAAAUUCUCACAAAUUGUCCCAGUCCAAAAUCUCUUACAACAAGAACAAAAAAUCCCCUCCAAAUUUUCAUGUCAUAUCAUAAUUUUCCCCCCACACCACCAAAAAAAUGUCCAUAUUUUGUAUUUUUGUGUCCCACCCCCCGGCCAAUCUGAGCCAUAUUUAUUUUGAUAAUGAUUGUAAAAAGUUAUUUUGUGAUCUCUACCGUUUCCCCCCAAACAUUCCCCAUUUCUCUAUCUCUCUCUCUAGUCUAUCUCACUCUCUCUAUCGGUGUCUCGCCACGAUACCCACCGACCCAGAACGCCAAGAACAAAUAUGAAGAGAUUUGAAUUUUUAUUCAAAAACAAAAAAA